UCCUCUCCAUACUCAUCGUGAACAAUCAUCAUAAAAUGGAUGCUUUGGGCAGUCUCCUUCCUCCUGUGGUUGGAAACGGUGAUAUGACUAAUUCACAAGAAUUACAAAAACUUCUGAUUGAUGAAAAAAUGCGAUGUGAACACCAUAAAGCAAAUUAUCAAACUAUAAAGGCAGAGCAUCUAAGAUUACAAGAAGAAUAUACGAAAUCACAAGAUGAGCUGAAGCGGUUGUUAGUUGAAAAGGAGACUGUACAUGACAAAUUUCAGUUUCUUCUUGCUGAAUAUCGAGAGGAGUUGCUGGGUAAAACACAAGAGCUGGAAAAACUGAAGAUGCAGGUGCUAACUCCUCAAAAAUUAGAACUAUUAAAAGCACAAAUACAGCAGGAAUUGGAAGCUCCUAUGACAGAACGUUAUCGGAAGCUAGAAAAUGAAGUGGAAAAAUACAGAACAGAAUAUAACAAACUUCGUUAUGAACAUACUUUUCUGAAAUCGGAAUUUGAACAUCAAAAGGAAGAACAUGCACGUAUUUUAGAAGAGAAGAAAAUAAAAUAUGAUGCUGAGAUUGCAAGGCUGGAUAAAGAUAAAGAAGAACUCCAUAAUCAACUGCUUAGCGUUGAUCCCACGAGGGACAGUAAACGUGUGGAGGCACUCUCUAGAGAAAAGGCACAGCUAUAUCAGAAAUUAAAAGGCUUAGAAGCAGAAGUAGCAGAACUAAGAGCAGAAAGAGACAAUUGUGGUGUGCAAGCAGAAAAUGUUCAAAGAGUACAAGUACGACAGUUAGCUGAGAUGCAGGCUAUGACAAAGUCUCUAGAGGCAGAAAAGAAGUCUGCUGAACUACAGAUUGAUCGAAUUGAGAAAGAACUACGGAUAAGUCAUGAGCAAAACAUUCUCUUAACUAGUAAACUUCACAAAUCUGAACGAGAAGUCAGUUCCUUAGCUGCUAAAGUAAAAGAACUUAAACAUUCACAUAAAUUGGAAGUAACCAAUGUCAAACUGGAGGCAGCAAGAACCAAGAGUGAGGUAGAAAGAGAGAGAAACAAGAUUCAAAGUGAAAUGGAUGGAUUGCUGUCAGACAAGGAAAUUCUUAAGGCAGCUGUUGAACGUCAUAAGGUGCUUUUAGUUGAAAAGGAUCGGGAGCUAAUUCGUAAAGUGCAAGCUGCCAAAGAGGAAGUUUUUGAAAAAAUUGCAGCCUUACAGGAUGAAAAGUUAGAACUCGAGAACAGAUUAGCUGAUCUAGAGAAGGUGAAAUUGGAACAAGAUACUUGGAGACAAUCUGAAAAGGAUCAGUAUGAAGAGAAACUACGUGUUGUACAGAUGGCAGAAGAAUCUAGCAAAAAGGAACUUCAACGUUUGCGAUUAAAAAUUCAACAGCAAGCUAUUCAGACAGAGGAAUUGGAAGAAAAGAAACGCGAAAGUGCUGAUCUGAAACAGCAAAUGCACGGCAUGCAACUCCAACUUGCCUCACUUUCCCAAUCAGAAAAUGAUUUACUGGAGUCUAAUCAGAAGCUGAAAGAAAUGCUAGAAAGAUUGAAGCAAGAAUGUCAACAUGCGAGGACUCAGGCAGAAAAAGCUCAACUGGAAACAGAGAAGACUUUAGAAUACAAGCGUAUAGAAUGGCUGGAGGAGAAGCAUGUGCUUACUCAGCGCAUCACAGAGCAAGAAGAGAAAUACAACCAAGUGAAGAACAAGCUAUGUCGAGCUGCUGUUGCUCAGAAAAAGAGAAAGACUCUCACUGAUAAUAAACAAAGGAGGAUGCAAGAGAAACUAGAACUUUUGGAAGCCAAGAUAGAAGAGCUAGAAAAAGAAAAUCAGGUGCUAAAUAGGCAGAAUGUUUCCUAUGAAGAAUAUGCACGCCUCCAGAAGAGACUAAAGGACUUACAACGUAGACACAAUGAAUUCCGGAGUUUAAUUCUGAACCCUAGCAUACCGUCACUCAAUCCAGUCAGUAUGAUGUCAUCAUCUACCUUGCCUCCUGGGCCUGAAGUGUCCUUCCCCCUUCUUCAGGAGGAACAGCAUCAAAGAGAGCUCUCCCUGCUUCGCAAGCGGUUGGAAGAACUAGAAACCACACAGAGAAAACAGCUGCAAGAUCUUGGACCAUCUAGAGAGCGAGUAACGGUGGGCGCAUACAGGGACUUGGCUAGAAACAAGAUUGCUGGAGAAGGCGAUGCACAAAGUGAGGACUCCAAAUAAGAUCCGCAAACUCUACAUGCGGUUAGUUUUCAAUAGCUUGUCCUUUGUACAUGCUUUUAAU